AUGGACUGCGACGCUGAGUUUAUGAUGUUCCUGAGCGAAUGGUUUGCGCAUAACGAUGUUUAUGCGUUGUCGUUCAAAAUGAUGAGUGAGGUCCUUGGUGAUGUGAUUGACCCACAAGAUACACUUUGCGAGGGUGCAAAUCUUACUCCGAAGAAUGUGCAUGCUAGGAAUGCUCAGCGAGGAAGCUAUGCAACGACUUCGCAUAGGGUGUGA